CCUCUCCUCCACCAGCUGAGCGGCAUUAUUAUCAGUCGGCCUUCUCCUCUCCUCUCCUCUCCUCCACCAGCUGAGCGGCAUUAUUAUCAGUCGGCCUUCUCCUCUCCUCUCCUCUCCUCCUUGAUAUCCUCAUCUCCCCUGAACGCAUCACUUCCGCCGCCUACCCUCCUCCAUCACUUCUCUUCUUCUCGCUCUCCAUCCUCCGUCUUCCUCUUCUCCUUCAUCUCCUUGUUCCUCAUCAUUAUCUCCCUUCCCGUCCGCCUCCCGACGUCUCCCCUUCAGAGUCUCCGUCGACGUUGCAGCAUGAUAGUAUCUCUGUCAUAGAUCAAGUUCAAUCUCAGCCUGCAUCAGUUCCCGCUGACCUCUCUUCCCUCAAUCGUGCUCCUUUGAUCUACUACCGGUUCUCGUCUUUAUCCUUUUUCACUUUCCAACUCCUUUUCCCCAUUGCCUACUUUAUCUCCCUGGACUCCGGUGACUCAUCAACGCCUAUCCACAUCACUUGACAAUUCCCUUCGUGUCAACAAUCUUCAAGCCUAUUCGAGUUGUUCGCCGUGCCAAUAAAAGAGGCGUAUCGAUCUGUCUGCAGGUGGUAGCUCUUGACGUCGGAUCGUUCGUCGAUUGAGGUGCGAGGCUUGGGUGAUCUCUUGCUAUAAGAGACCUCGGGUCUCUGCAGACCAGACCAUUCAGGAUACUAUAUACUGGCUUCCUUCUGGAGGACUACUACGACCAGUUAUAUACGCCCUCAGGGAAUCGUCAACAGCUCUACUCCAAUCCAGGAGCUUUACAUUCGGACUCGACUGUUUUCGUUGACUCGUCAGCACCUGUUCCUUUCGACCAGGUGCUUGAGGGCCUACUCUUUAUAACUACGUCCGUUUAAAACGUCGACUAUCAACUUUACGAUCUUACGCAGCGAUUUUAUCUCGGCCACAGCCUACUCUGUUUUAAUUUCCUUCGCCUGUUCUGCCAUCUGCCUGCCGGCAUCGAUUCAUUCCUUCUGUUCAACGCUCUCUUUACGCCCCGACUAUCUUCGAUUAGGCGACCUUAUCCAUCCCAGAACGAUAUACCGAUGAAUAAACACAUCACAGUCUUUACCAUUUCCUACUGUCUUUGACCCCCGUGGUUACCAGUCGAACUCUUUUCAACUUUCCUCGUUGCGAUUUCUUUUGUCGACAUAUCCUUCACCUUAAAUAUUCAUAUGAAAGUCUGAAGAAACCGUCCCAGAGUUGAAUACUUCUCUUUUUCUUUUCGUUUCGUUUUUUCUGCUUUCUUGGGCAUCUUGUUUUCGGUGGUACUGGGUCUUUGCUAGGAUUAUUGUUCCCUGCUUCCGGUUUUCCUUUCUCGCUCUAGCCUGGUUGCUGUGUUCGAUUUAAUUAUUCUUUGUCAUUUUUUUAUUCUUUUUUUUUGGUGCUUUCUCGAUCGUGUCGAGUCAUGGACCACUUUAGAGACAGGUUCGUUGCCGGAAAGCUCUUGGAUGGGCGCUUCCAGACCGUGGCCCCCUUGAAUCAUGGCUCCUUUGGCAUGGUCUUCCUUGCCAGAGACACCGAAACUGGCCAGGAUGUCGCAAUCAAAUGCAUGAGCAAGACACCCUCUGGAUCAAGCACUCCCAUCCCCGCGGAUGACCGAUUGGAAGAACUGGAGUCUCACCGGCGUCUGGGAUAUCACCCAAACAUCGUCAACCUUAUCCAUUCCUUCGAGACCGAUACGCAUCUUUAUUUGGUAUUGGAAUAUUGCACCAAUGGUGAUCUAUACGAGGCCAUCAGACUCAACCGAGGCCCCUUGGAGACCGAGCAUGUGCGUGACUUCAUGCUGCAGCUAAUCAGUGCUGUCGAGUUUAUGCAUGCCAGUGGCCUCUAUCACCGCGAUAUCAAACCGGAAAACAUCUUUCUGACGCAGGACGGAACUAUGAAGUUGGGUGACUUCGGUUUGGCGACUCGGGAUGAAUGGUGUCAAGAAGCCUGUGUUGGGAGUGACCGCUACAUGGCCCCGGAACAGUAUGAUCCAGCGGGUACUGGCUACUCACCUGCCAAGGCUGACAUUUGGGCUAUGGGCAUCUGUCUACUUAACGUCCUAUUUGCCCGUAAUCCGUUUGUCACGCCGACUGAGUCCGACGUCCUCUUCGCGGACUAUGCUCGUGAUCGACAGUCCCUCUUCGACGUGUUCCCUAACAUGUCCCAGGAUACGUAUGAAAUCUUGGCCCACGCCCUCGCCCUGGACCCACAGAAGCGUUCUCUUUCGGGCGUCCGUGACGCCGUUAUACGGGCAAUUUCGUUUACUACCGAUGAUGAGUCGCUGGAUGACUUCUGCACGGAAGAUAGGGAAGUGGUUCCCGCAAGUGCCGACCGUGAACCGCUCAGGACACCAUCCAUCCAGAGUCCGAACAUCAACCAGGGCGAAUCCUUCCCAUGGGCCAAAGCUCUGCAAUCCACCCCGCCGCAGGCUAUUCGGCAAUUGUCUGCCAUCCCCGAUACCGAGAGUUACUCUGAGGAACUAUUCCCGCCUUCGGAAUUUGCCGGCACAUCCUGGUUCUCUGCUCGUCCCGGUACGCCAUCCAUGGCAUCCAUUUUGGAGUCUGCUCUUGGAGAGUCGUACAAGUCGACUACGCUCGCGAAGAAGUGCCCCGUGUAUCCACCACCUUCCGAUCCUGUCCCGAUUACCGGAUCAUCGCCGGGCAAUGCCUUCAAACCGCUUCCUUCACUCUCCAUGGUUUUCGGCAAGAACAAGAAUGAUCAGAUCUCGAAAAGCUGGAGUGACCUCUGGGACGAGGAAGAGUCUGAGAACGAAGACUUGGCUCUGCAACAGCGCCGGGAGCAGAAUUCCCGUAGCUGGAGCCAAGAGAGCCAGAACAGGGAUCUUCCUAGUUCUCGGAAGGGGCUGAACGAGCCGAAGUCGUCCUCGUUCGUCAAUGAACGUUCCAGCCCCAGGGAUAUGCCUUCGGACGGGACGUCGCCGAAGUCUCCCGUUGACAAGGCUGAUAAGGCUGAUAUCGCCGCUCAUAGCCCCAAAUUUUGGCCCGUCUCCCGCUCUCCUCCAAGGAAGUCCCACCUUGACAAGUGGGCAGUGCUUGGCGACCGGAGGAGGAAUUAUAAGCCCAGUGAGAGGAGCCAGCCUAAGGACACGUUUAACAUGAGUUGGAGAAAGGACUGGGGGCUUGGGUCCUCCGGAUUUGACUACGGAUCUUGGGUCAAGAAGACGUAUUCACCGCAUCACGAACGUCGCAACCGAUCUUUCCUCGACAAGGACUGGCGCCGUGACUCGUUCGAAACGACGAAGCCAACGCAGAUCAAACCGUACACUAGUGGUUAUGACGGCAGUGUCGAUGAAGACCUUGACCUAGUCGGUGGCUGGCACGAUCUCCAUCUGUAGUUCUAACUAACUUGAUUUCUUUCUCACUGUCUGUGGAUCCUCGUCGCUGCUUUCUCCGUGUACUUUUUGCUUCUGUUGAACCCAGCUGGAAAAGAGAAAUAAAGGGGGGGGAAGAGGAAAAGCAGAAAAUAUGAAAGGCAUAAACCAAUCGUCAAUUCUCAUUAGAUUCCUUUGCUGGAAUGCUCUCUGGUGACGAAUCUACGCAAAAGACAAAAAUUCAACCAGACAUCUCCCACUCAAAUUUUGUACUAUUUUGCAUUGCUGAAGAUGCGUUUUAAUCCUCCGUACAUGUGCCUGAGGAUGAGAACGAGGCUGGAUAUAUGGGCAUAAAAAGUGUCUUUUGAGGGUCGAGGACCUCGACAAGUGUGCCAGGGGAAGUGUCAAGGGUUUUCUCGCAGUGCUGGGCUGGACUUGUGUACUGUAGCUAGACUGGAAUAAUCCACAAAUCAAUCUGAGCAGUCG